AUGAAGGCAAGCAAGCGCCUCGAGGCCGAGAUUGCAAAUCUUGCAAUCGUUCGACAGCACGAACACAUUGCAGGGAUGUUAGCAUGGUCCUAUAUCCCCGUGGGCCCAGCGAUCUUCCUUCCGUUCUGCGAGCUGGGCGAUCUUAACCAGUACGUGCUCAAUUGGAAAUUUGAGCAGGGAAAGCAGGGGAAAGUUAUUAAACGCAUAUCCGAAGUUACGAUCUGGAAAUUUUUGCACGAUAUGGCUCUUGCUUUGGAUUAUCUGCAUAACAAGCACGAGAACUACGGCUAUACGCACAACGACAUCAAGCCUGACAACAUCCUAGUUGACUUGCCUAGCGGCUGGAAAUCAGAAGAUGGAAUCCCCGAUGAGCCCGUCUUCAAACUGACCGACUUUGCCCGUAUGACACGAUAUAAUCCAAGCGAACGCGCACAGCCAACCCAGUUUUGCGGUACACCCGAAUAUGCACCACUCUUCAGCGAACGAGGGGAAUUGCGACCGUCCGCUGACAUUUGGGCUCUGGGUGGAACCUUACAGACCCUCGCUCUGGGCGUAUAUCCCAUCCAAUCCCGCGAAGCUUUCUCAGCUGGCAGGCAUGAGGAGAAACAACCCGCUCCCUUCCUCGUUGACGAAGGUGCCUGGAAGAAAAGCCACUGGCGCCACCUCAUACCACCGACCUUCCGCCCUCUCUCUGCCACACAAGAGGAACUAAGAGAUCACUUCGACGUCCGCGAGUCCAUAGUUAUCAACGAGUUCUACCCCAAUUGCCCGUGGGAGCAUAAACCGUAUAGCAGACGGCUCGAUGGCUGGUAUGAGUGGAUGUUUGAGGUAGACGAGAAAAAGAGGAUCACUGCGAGGAUGUUAGUGAGAUAUUGUGUGCCACGUAUUGCGAGAAUGAUUUGUGUGACGAGAGAAGAGGAGAAGGCGGAGGAAUGUUUCGAGAGGGCGAAGGCGUUGAGAAAGGAGGUUGAGAGGAAACAGCAGAGUAGGGUGGUAGCGGCUGAAGGUAUGGCUUUUGGAGUGGCGAACGUUCCUAGAGACGAGGGUAAAGAUUACCAUGCCAUCGAAGCGGAGUAA